GUUCUCGCACUUCCCGUUCCGUUGGCCGUGCGGGAUUGUAAACAAACGCGUGAUCGUAGUCAGAGAGACAAUUUAUAGUUCCACCAAGGGCUGAAUCGGCCAAGCUCCUCGAGAAACCGACACGGGUCAAUGAGCUGUGAGCUUCGAGAAAGCAUAUUCGCGGGGAAAAGCGCCGUGUUACACCGAUCUGAGCAGAAUCACGGAGAAGACGCGAGUGAUUAGCCAGCUAGCACUAACUUUGCAGUCUCCGUCGGCCCUCGUCAGGAUGGUGUAUGUGGGGACGCAGCUGGGCGUAUCCGUCCUAGUCUUAUUCUGCACUGUGGCGCCGUCUCCUGCUCAGGCAUAUAUAUAUGCUCAUUACAGUAACAUGACCUCCAUGCUGUUUGAAGAUCUGCCUGCUCUCUUUGGCCCUCCUCUGCCAAAAGAUGGACUGGUGGGUGUGCUGGUAGAAGCUCGUCCUCAGAAUGCCUGCAUGCCUAUAGAUCCUCCUCCGGUCUCUCCCACACCCGCUGAUCCCAACAGCACUACAAAAUACAUUGUCCUCAUUCGGCGCUAUGACUGUAACUUUGAUAUCAAGGUGCUCCAUGCACAGCAGGCCGGUUUCAGUGCAGCCAUAGUUCACAACAUGUACUCUAAUUCACUUCUCAGUAUGGGAUACAGCAAUGACACUAUCAUGGAGGAGAUCGAGAUUCCCUCUGUGUUCACAAGCUACUAUGCCUCUCAGAUACUGCACAGCUUCAUCAUACCAGAGAAAGGGGCUUACGUGAUUCUGAAGCCUGAGUUCUCCUUCCCUCUGUCCUACUAUCUCAUCCCCUUCACUGGAGUAGUCGGAAUAAUCUUCAUUGUCAUGGUCAUCAUACUGAUUGUGCGGUGCGUGCAGCACAGGAAGAGACUUCGGAAAAACAGACUCUCCAAAGAACAGCUGAAGAAAAUCCCCACUCACAAGUUCGUUAAAGGUGAUAGUUAUGAUGUCUGUGCGAUCUGCCUCGAUGAGUAUGAGGAGGGAGAUAAGCUGAGAGUGCUGCCGUGUUCACAUGCUUACCACUGCAGGUGUGUGGACCCCUGGCUCACCCAAACUAAAAAAACCUGCCCGGUGUGCAAGCAACGUGUGACCCGUCCCGACCCAGAAUACUCCGAGUCUUCAGACUCCGACGGAGAGUCAGCGCCACACGAGGCUGACGAGGAAGAGGAAGGAGCGACCAGCGAGGCAGAUUCUGAGCGCACGCCUCUCCUGCGACCCUCCAACCCCGCGUCCCCCGCCUCCUCCAGCCCGCCUCCCACCUACGCCUCCACGGUAACCUCAGAGGCCGCCGUCGCCACGGUAACGACCUCCGCACAGUGCCUGCAGCCUGACGAGCCCCUGCUGGGAUGCGACGAGUACUACUCACCCAUCGAGGACUCGGAGGAAGGUCCUGAUGACGACGAUGAUGAUAGAGAUACCACGGAGCUCAUCGGACGGGGCGCAGUGCGAGUCUGAGAGCUGGAGUCAAACAGCUGAGGUUGUUUUCUCCGGUGUAGAUCACAGAGCUCAUAUAUUUACACCAGUCUCGUGGAGAUUCGCAUCCAUCUCGUUCUUAACUAGCUAGUGCGACCAACACUACACAGCAUUUGUGCAGCACUUUCUGUUGCAGUCACACUUUUGUGUGUGUUUCACUAAAUCUUCUUUCCCCUAAAACUUGGUCCGUGUCCAGAAAGGAGCCGAUGUUUUGAAGCGAAAGAAACAAAAUAGCCCAUCCAUAAAUAAAUGUGUUCAAAAAUCAGUAAGAAUUUCUUUCGUCCGUGAAACACAAAUGGAACUUUUUUUUUUUUGGCAGUGUUUUGCAGUAGCCUGCAACGCUGCAGAUGAUUAGUUUUCCUUGAUUAGGGAGACGACGACAACAAAAAAUAUCUGUCAAACCUGAUUGUAUGCAAGUACAAAUAAAGCUAGAUAUACAGUGAAUGAUGACUUAAAGGGAUAGUUCACACGAAAGUGAAAAAUCUGUCAUCGGUUACUCUUGUGGCGUUCCAAACCCAUACAACUGAAGAGAUUUUUAAUAUUCCCUCAUCGAUUAAAAGUCCAAGAAAUCUG